AUUGCCUCUGCCUUCUAGCUUGCUUCUUCAUAGCUUCCCAACAUACCUACUACACUUUUCAAAGCUACCUCUCAAACAUCAUCUACCAUCAUGUCUGGAGUCUGGUACUGCUGCGAUUGCUCCUCUGGACCUCACCGGCUAGGCCUCGACGACACCUGCCUCCAGUGCGAUCAACCACGCUGCUCGAACUGCCACAUUGAUACUCAGGACACUGUUUCGCACCACUGUCACGAGUUGUCGCCAUACGCACACGCUCCAGCUCCCCAAAACUGUGAACUGUCGGGGAACCUUGUCGCAAAGAUGCCGUCCAUGUUGGGAUGUAACAAGUCCAUCCUCCGUGCAUCCUUACACCACAGCCAUGCAUUACAACAUGGCAUGCCUGGGGUCAACAGCCAGGACUCCCGGGGUACGGUCAGCCAUGGCAGCCUAUACUUCUGCUGCAAGUGUGGAGAUGGACCAAAGCUGUGGGACAACCAGCCGAGAUGUGUGAUCUGCGACCAUAACAUCUGCGCAUACUGCCAGCCGGCGAAAUAAAGCAUGAGAAUGGUGACAUGAAUUGAUGUCAACGCAUUGUUUGAUCUACGACCACCUAAUCCAUCGAUUGCGGGUACUUUAUCUGAGCGUUAUCGUUAUG